AACAUACUUAUGACAAAGAGAAUAUUAAAGAUGGCAAGUGCAAUAGAUGGAGCCUUAACGUUGGAGACGUUGAUUCGGACCCCCCUCUCUUGGCAGACAUGGGACUCUCAAUCCUUCAGGAUGAGGAGACUACAGAAGCCCCUACGCCAACUCCUCCAGCAACAGAAAACUGUUCAAGUAACCCUUCCUCAUCUCCAAAGGUUCUGCAGCCUUGCAAUCAAAACAUCCCCAGUACUGGGCCAUUCUUUAAUGAGGAUUCUAUGAAUGAGGAAUUUAUGGUGUACAAGAGGAGAAGACUGGACACUAUAGCUGGUGAUGACAAAUUCAAUAGGAUGACUGACGAAGUAAUUCUUGCUGUGUUUCGUUGGUUACCUAAGUUUAUGUUGGCCAGAUGCGCACAGGUUUGCAGAAGAUGGAAAAGACUUUCCUUUGAUGAGAGCCUGUGGAGGCGACUGGAUCUUGGUGGAAAGUCCUUAAAGCCUGGUGUGGUUGGUCGUGUUAUUCUGAGGGGUGCAAGCAUUCUUCGACUGGCAAAAGCAGAGAUUAGUAGCCCUAUAUUUUCUCCACAAUUACAUUACCUGCCAAGUCUUCCUCCACUUCGUAGUAGAUUGCAGUACUUGGACCUAAGUAUGGCAGCUAUUGAGAUUCAUGCUUUGGAAGAGUUGCUGAGUGUUUGUUUUGAGCUCAAGAAACUUAGUUUAGAACACUGCACAGUUUCAAAGAUAAUUUGCUCACACAUUUCAAAUAAUGUGAAACUUGAAACAUUGAAUUUGGCUAUGGUGUAUGGCCUCAGUCAUUCUUGUUUAACUCCUAUUCUGACAAAGUGCAGAAGGAUGCAGUCAUUAAAUUUAGCCUGGACUGGGCUAUCAACAGAAGAUCUUCGGGUUAUAUGCCGUCGAUUUCCUUCGUCUUUGGAACGCUUGAAUAUAUCAGGUUGUCGUAGUACCUUAACAGAUUCUCAUAUAAAGUUAUUAGCGGAUCAAGCUCCAGGACUUGUGGAACUUGAUGUGAGUGAUGGGACGCAACUCACUGCAGCUGCAGUCACAACCAUCAUUAGUCAGCUACGCAGUGUUGAAUACUUAGCCUUUUCACGCUGCUAUACAAUACAGCCAGAUGCAUAUAUUGAACUGAAGAUGAUUCCAAGCCUUUUGUACCUGGAUAUUUAUGGAAUACUCAAUGAGAGUGCCAUAGCAACUCUAAGACAAAGUCUGUCCCGGAUCCACGUAAACAAGUAUCUAUUUUCAUCUGUUGCACGGCCCACAGUUGGAAUUCGCCGAACGUCAAUAUGGGGACUAAGGGUGCGAGAUUAGAAUAAGAUUAUUGCAUGUAGAUAAUUUAUAAUUGUAUCUUGUCACUGAAGUUAACUGAAUUUCGUAAGUGCAUUGUGAUAACCUAAUAAUUCUGUACUGCACUGCCGUUAUUUAUAAGAUUUUGAUAGCUGCAUUUGUUAUAAGUGAAAUAGUUGAUGUAUAGUGGGUUUUUAAUGAGGAGAAAUGGUACAAUGUUCAUUUCCAAAGGAUUUUUACAACGCAAUUCUCAUUUCUUCAGUCAUUUGAUUUUAUGUUUGAAUUUUAUGAAAUUAAAUUCCAGUCAUAGGUUCAGCUAUGUAUUAUCUGUUUCAUUAUAGUUAAUUUGGUGCUGUUUGAGUAAUUUCAUUUGAAUUUUUCAGGAAUACAAAUUUUCUGAGAAUACAAUAUUGUGUUAAGUAAAAUGAUUACAUAUUUUCAUGGUACAUGUGUUUGGAAAAAUUAGUUAUGAUUAGUUUUCACAAUACAAAUGAUGAAAUGCGUAAUUCAUAAUUUCUCAUAUUGUUAAUCAUAUACCAGCCAAACACCAAAGAGUGCAUUUCAUAUGGAUACCACGUUGACUAUCAUUUUCAUUCAAUAUGUUAAUUUUCUUCCAGUGGUAAGUAUAUAGUGUUAAUCAUUGGAACUUAUCAGAAUGCCAGUCACUCUGUUGAUUAGGAUAAUUUUUUCUUUGAUGUACUUUCUCUUUUUUCUCUCUGACAGGGUUUUGUUUCUGUAGUGGUGCAAACAUUACUAAAAUAUUUUAGUGUGCAGAUGUUUUCACCACAAAAUGUAUAAAAAAUAAUAUCAUUUUUACAUGAUGUCCAUAUACUUUUACUCAUCAUAUUUAUUUAAUUUGAAAGGUAAAGGCAUUAAACUUGGCUAAGCUUCAACUUUUCAACAGAAGAUUUUUGAUGAGGGUAAUUCUGCACUUUACCACCAUUAUUAAGUGUCUUAUGAUUGGAUGAAGUGCUAUGAAGUAUUAGGUGUAUAUACAUAUAUAUGCUUGCAUUUUUUUAGCUGUCACUUAAUGUAAUGUUUCCUGCAGUUAGUUUUGUGUCAUAAGACUUGUUGGAAAAAAUUGGUAUUGAGUAGGCUUUGAUAUAUUUUGAUUAAAAAGAGGAUCUACUAAAUGCUGCUCAUUUGCUGAUGAGAUUAUCACUCUGUGAGAAAAUGCCUUUCUCGUUUUCUAGUAUCCCACUCAGAGUAUGCCAAGGAGGUGCCAUUUUAGUUAAAUCAUUGUUGCAGUAGAAUGAUUGGGAAGCAUAGGAUGUUCCAUUGGUACUGGAAUCUACUUUGUUGCAUAUAAAGCCAUCAGAAAUGGGAGCUUUACGGAAUAUUUACUGGCUAAAGUAAAAGUUUCAGAAAGCUUCAGCAUUUCCUAUGUUGAAAUGUUAUCGAGGUAUCUUAUUAUCCACCGUAGAUCAUGCCAUACUUUGGUUUUGAGUUAAUUGUUUGUGUGAUAGUAUUAAUUCUUUAUCUUGAUAAUUUAUUCAGAGAGGAAAGCGUUUGUGCUAUGCUCAUUUACAUAAAACAAACAGAAACAUUUAUAAACAUUUUGCUCUAUUCUUGUAUGCUUCCUGUUUUUCUCUGAUAUAUGCUUACAUUUGUUUCUCACAAUAAUUUUUAGCCUCAAUUUUGUCAUACUCAUAAUUAAGACUGGGGUUGUAACAUAUUACCAUGAUUAUGUAAAGAAAUUCAGUAUUUAUAUUGGGCCCUCGUACUGGAUGCAUGUACCUGCAAGAGUCAUUAUAAGUUAUAUUUGUUAACAAAUUUUUUUGCAUUAUAAGCAGUCUUGUAAGGGGAAAAUUUAUAGCAUGGCUCAUCAAAUGUUUUAAUUUUCAAAGUAAAGUUUUGAAGUCAGAAUAAUAAAUCAAACAAGCCAGGUUUUGAUUGUAUGUGUUGCAGUCCAUGUCUCAUUUUAUAAUUCUGGUGUUUACAUUGCAAGUGGAAGAAGUAUUCUGUCAUAGAAAGUGCUCAACUGGGAUGGUGCUCCUCCUUGGUUAAGGCUUAUUUUUGUAUGUUUGUCUUGUAUGUUAUUAUCAGUCCAGCAUAAUAUUCAAGUGUUACAUGGAUAUAUUUCUAGUUAGUGAUGGCCAUUGACAUCUUCAUGGGCUAUAUGUUAUCGUGUGUAAUACUUAUAUUAUGGGUUGUUUUGGUUGGUCAUUGUCUCAUGGCGUCACAAAGAAAACGAACUGUGAUAAAAGGUCAAUAGCGGAGAGUAUUUCCAAGUUUUUUUUUUUUUAAUGAAAUGCUUAGUUAAAUGUUUUAGUUUAAGUUUAUUAUAAACCCUGUACAGAUAAGAUUUUUAAAUGUAUAUAAUUUUACAUUACUUGUGUUGAAUUUGUCAUUUGUAUUCCUGCAUACAUCUUAGAUAGUUUUUGCAAACUUUUUACAUGUGAUUCUAACAUGAAAGGAUAUAUGAAUUAUUUCAGUUUGAUUCAUGUUUGUUUUUAUUUUAUGUUCUUAGAAUUCCACACAGAAUUUCAUACAGAAAUGUAAUGCAAAUGGGAAAUAAAAAGAAAAGUUUG